AUGGAGGAUGACGUGCGAUGGCGGAAGUAUUUCACCCACUCAGGAGCCGACAUCUGGACGGUUAUUGACAGGGCGCUGCGGGUAGCCGCUUCUGAUUUUCCCGCGCAAUUACGCCUGCGACGCGACGGUAUCGCGGAAAAACUGUUCACCUUCGGUCGCCAGUCGCACGCGCGGGACGUAACACCCCCCCACGUCUCGCGGGGGAGCCCAGAACGGGCGGCGACGGAGCGGGGGGCGAUGGAACAAGCAACAGGAGUUGCAGAGCGAACCGCAGGGCGACAACACGCGACGACGGCAAGUCACGCACGUGACGAAGGCGCUCCGAGAGAGGAAGCAGCGAACGAUGGGCUGAAUCCGACGGUCAGAAACGCGCUGGGGAACGAUGAAAGGCGGAACGAAGGCGGAGAUGGGGGCGAUGUGAGGGAAAGGAGACGAGAUGGGUAUGGUGAUGGGGGUGGGUAUGAGGAUGAGAAACGGGGAGGGGAAGAGCGGCGCGAACGGGAAGACGGCGACCGGCGAGAGCGAGAUCGACCGGAAGUGCGCGGCAGUGACGAGAAGUGUAGACGGCCGUCAGGCGAUGGACGGCCGUCAGACGAUGGACGGCCGUCAGGCCAUGGACGACCGUCAGGCCAUGGACGACCGUCAGGCCAUCCCGAGGGCGUGGAUGAAGAGAUAGACGUUCUUGGAGGUGCGAGGAAGGAGGAGGAAGAGGAGGAGAAGGAGGAGGAGGAGAAGAAGGAGGAGGCGAAGGAGGAGGCGAAGGAGGAGAAGCGAACAAAACGGCGCGGGUGCGUGUUUGUGCUUGGGGAAAGCGACGCUUCGGAUGACGAGGAUUCAGAGGAGGAGGAAGAGGAAGAGGAGGAGGAGGAGGAAGUGGAUGUGGAUGUUGAUGUUACUAAAGAGAACGAACACGUUGAUGGGUUCGAUCAUCGAAGUGGGAGACACAGUGGUCAUGCUGGUGCUGGGUCCGGUGGUAGGGGCAGAAACGGGGAGAGAAGGAACGGGAGGGAGAGAUUAAUGGGGGGGGAGGGAAGAGGAGUGGGUAGAGGAAUGGGGAGGGAUGAGGAGGGAAGAACAUGGGUGGAGGAGGAGGAGGAGGAGGAGGAGGAGGAGGAGGAGGAGGAGGAGGAGGAGGAGGAGGAGGAGGAGGAGGAGGAGGAGGAGGAGGAGGAGGAGGAGGAGGGUGAUGCGACCGCAGCAGUGCUGGAAGAGCAGCUUCAGGAGGAGGAUCGGUUGGUGGAGCGUAUUGAGGAGAUUAAAGACCUCCUUAGACCGUCCAGACUGGACAAUGACUAUCUAGUGCGGCAUCUGGAGUCUUUACUGCACAUGCCGAUGACCCUCGAAGCCUUGCGGGUGACGGAGGUGGGCAAGAGAGUGAACUCGUUCCGCAACCACCCAUCAGAGAAAGUGCGCGCCAUCACUAGACAGCUCAUCGGUGCAUGGAAGGAUCUCGUGAAGGAGUGUCGCAAGAGUGCAGCAGCCGUGGCCCGGUCCACAGCAGGCCUACCAGAGGACUUGUCAUCAGGCCUGCCAUCGCCCCCACUGGAUGAGAGUGCCCUGCUGCAGGGGAGGAGCAUUGCCAUGGGGGCUAGCGAGCGGCUCAUGGUGAGGGAGAAGAGAGGGGAGGAGGAGAUGGUAGGGAGCGAUGGGUUUGGGGGGAGCAAGGGGGCGAGCAUUCAGAAGGAGAGGGCAAGGGAAAAGCUUAAGGACAGGGAGCUGGAGAGGGAGAGGGAGAAGAAACGGAAUGUGGUGUCUGGGCUUGCUGCUGCUGGCGUUUCAAGCAUGGACAGGCAGGGUGGUGCAGGACAGAUGAUGGGCAGAGCAGCAGGAGGAGGGCGAGGAGGAGUAGGAGGAGAGGGGUCACCUUUGCAGAGGCGUUUGAUUCAAGGCGCUAAGGAGAGGGAGAGGGAAAGGGAGAGGUCUGUGUCGCCGUACCGGCCCACUGCGCCUGCAUACGGCAGGAGCCUCACCCCUCCGCCCAACAUGCGAUCCGAGUUUGCAGCAGGGGGUGGAGGAACAGAGAAGGAGCGCCUGGAGUUGGCCAAGAGGAAGCUGCACGAGCGGUACCAAGGGAUCCAGGACGCCAAGAAGCAGCGCACCAUUCAGGUGGUGGAUCCGGGGGCAGUGAAGGGCGGCAAGGCGAAGCCCAGGUUUGCCUUCUCUCACAACGCGCGAGGGGGGGGAGCAGGUGGUGGUGGCGGGAGGUUUGGGCGGAGGUAG